AUGGCAAGCUCUUUUGUGAUACUAAACCUCAUAUUAUCUUCCUUUCUAGCUCCUAUUUCUGCAGUGGCUGGUUAUGUUAAUUACCUGCAUAGAGGGUCUUCCCUCUCCACGAAGCAUGCCUCUGAUGUGUUGCAGUCAAUGGAUGGUACCUUCUCGUUUGGCUUCUACAACCUUUCAUCCACUGCGUUCACCUUGUCAAUCUGGUUCACCAACUCAGCUGACAGAACCAUCGCCUGGAGUGCAAAUCAAGACCGCCCUGUGCAUGAGAGCGGAUCGAAGGUCACGCUGGACAAGGAUGGGAGCAUGGUUCUCACAGACUACGAUGGCAUGGUCGUAUGGCAAAUCAAUAGCUCCACAGAAGCUGUUCGUGCCGAGCUCUUGGACUCUGGAAACCUUGUGGUGAAGGAUCAAUACGGCGGCAUCCUCUGGCAAAGCUUUGAUCAUCCAACCAACACUCUGCUCCCGAUGCAGCCGGUUACAGCCACCGUGAAGCUGGUAUCAACUGAUCUCUCACACCCAACAAGUUACUACACCCUACGAUUCGAUGAUCGGUAUGUUUUAUCGCUUGCUUAUGAUGGGCCAGACAUUUCUAUCCUCUACUGGCCUAACCCUGACCGCAGCAGCUGGGAAAACUACAGGAUCUCGUACAACCGUAGCAGGAGUGGUGUUCUUGACAAGCUGGGGAAGUUUGUGUCGAGCGAUAACACCACGUUUUAUGCUUCAGAUUGGGGUUUGGAGAUCAAAAGGAGACUCACAUUGGACUACGAUGGAAAUCUCAGGCUUUACAGCCUGAAUGAGUCGGAUGGGAGCUGGCACAAUUCUUGGAUGGCUUUAUCCCAGGCCUGUGAAAUUCAUGGACUUUGUGGUUGGAAUGGGAUAUGUGGGUACACGCCAAUGCCUGGCUGUUCUUGCCCUCCUGGUUAUGUAGUCAGUGAUCCUAGUGAUUGGAGCAGCGGCUGCAAGCCAGUAUUCAACCUCACCUGCAACAGCGAUGGCCAGAAAAUGAGCUUCGUGCGCAUUCCCGAGACCGACUUCUGGGGCUCUGAUCUGAACUACGUCAUGUCGACGUCACUGCAGGCUUGCAGGGAGAUGUGCUUGUCGAGCUGCUCAUGCUUAGCAUUCGUGUACAAGGUAUACCCAAAUGGCUGCUUCCUGAAGUCUGCUCUCUUCAAUGGCAAGACAGUUCCGGGAUACCCUGGCACAGCAUAUGUCAAGAUUCCUCGGAGCUUUCUGUCGUCCCAGUCACAAGCAUCUGCUUCUGAACUUGCCAAUCGUCUCCAUGUUUGCAAUGCAUCAAAAACACAGACAUUCAAUUAUACUGCACACGGUAGCAAAGGGAUGGGUACAAUGUGGUACUACUUGUACUGUUUCCUGGCUGUGUUCUUUCUUGUGGAGCUCUGCUUCAUUGCCUUUGGCUGGUGGUUCAUGGCAAAAACACACUCGGCACGAUCGGCGAUGUGGGCAGCGGAGGAAGGCUACAGGAUUGUUACACAUCAUUUCCGUAGGUUUACCUACAAAGAAUUGCAGAAGGCUACUAGGAAUUUCAGAGAUGAGCUUGGCCGUGGGAGAUAUGGAUCUGUGUACAAAGGUGUUCUAGCUGAUAAUCGCAUGGUUGCCAUCAAGAAGCUCAAAGAUGUGAAGCAAGGUGAGGCUGAGUUUCAGACAGAGGUAAGUGUGAUUGGAAGGAUUUACCACAUGAAUCUGGUGAGAGUAAUGGGUGUAUGUUCAGAGGGAAGCUACAGGCUUCUGGUCUACGAGUAUAUCGAGAACGGUUCAUUGGCCAUGUUCUUGUUUCAUGGCAAGGGGCAGCUGCAGUGGCAACAUAGGUACAAGAUUGCAGUUGGUGUGGCCAAAGGGCUAGCCUACCUUCACCAUGAGUGUAUGGACUGGAUCAUCCAUUGCGACGUAAAGCCCGAGAACAUACUUCUGGACCAGGAUUUUGAGCCCAAAAUCAGCGACUUUGGGCUCGCAAAGAUGCUACAGAGAGACCAGGCUGAUCCCAGCAUGUCAAAGAUUCGAGGCACUAGGGGUUACAUUGCUCCAGAAUGGGUUUCCAGCCUCCCCAUAUCUGAAAAGGUCGAUGUGUAUAGCUAUGGAGUAGUGCUUCUGGAGUUAGUCAUGGGGCUUCGAGUGUCUGAACUACCUGCAAAUGGCAGUGGAGAUGAAGGUGCUGCAUUGAGGCAGCUAGUGUGGACAGUAACAGAAAAGAUCAAAACCGAUGAUCAAACGUGGAUCGAUGGCGUUGUGGAUCCUAGAUUGGAUGGAAACUUUGUGCGCUCCGAGGUGCUGCUGGUGCUAGAGCUUGCUGUCCUGUGCUUGGAGAAAGAACGGAACCAGAGACCAAACAUGAAUCAUGUUGGGCAGAAGUUCCUUUCCUAGGAAUGAAUGGUUCGGCAACUCUUCCUGUCCUCUGUCCCUUGUCUUUAAGUCAAAACAGUAAUGUAGUUUGGUAAAUUUCAUAUCAUUUGGAUGUCCUGUGAUUACUUGUUAAGAUGAGCUCCUA